AUAAGGCGAUUGCGUCAAUAUGGUUUUGUUUGUGUGUGUGCCUGACCAUGACCAGCAGCUGCUGCUGGAAACGGAGAUGAGACGGCGGUUGGUCUGAUCACUGAUGGUUGCUUGUUUCCCGCACCAACACAAGAAGCAACCACCCGACCUGUCCGCCUCCAAUCCAAAUCCAAAGAAGAAGAAAAAAACACAUCAGGGUAGCAUUCCUCUUGCCUUGUCUGGGCCGGAGUCCUCUCCACUCCACGCAACGCAGACAGGAGGAGUAGGAGGAGAGGAGAAACCCCUGCGCAAGAAAGAAAGAAAGAAAACCAAAGGCGAUCGAGUCCUUGACCAGCACAGAACCAAACCAAUCGGAGCUGGGGCGGCUGCCGCUUGCUUUUAUUCAACGACCUCGCCUUCUGGUGCGUGCGUGCAAACUCCAUCCAACGAGCUCGGACAUGGCGAAGCCACGCCGGAGCAGAUUCGCUUUCGCCGGGUGCGGAUGCUUCGGAGGCCAGGCUCGGGGGAAGGUGGCAGAGGUGCCCUGCAGGAUGAGUACCCGGUGAAGCUGCAUAUCUACGAUCUCAGUCGGGGGAUGGCGCGGCAGCUCUCCACCACGGUGCUCGGCAAGCCUAUCGAUGCCAUCUGGCACACAGGCGUGGUGGUUCAUGGCAAAGAGUACUUCUUCGGGGGAGGCGUCCAGCAAGACCGGCCUGGAAGGACGCCAUACGGGACUCCUGCCCGAGUAGAGCAUUUUGGGGUCACGCAUGUCGGCAAGGAGGACUUUGAAGACUUUCUGCACGAGAUCAGCCCGCGCUACACACCAGAAACCUACAACCUCCUCAGCAACAACUGCAACCACUUCAGCAAUGAGGUGGUCAAGUUCCUCGUUGGCUCCACGGUUCCGAGCUACAUCCUCGACCAGCCCAAGGAGGCAAUGAAGAGCCCGAUUGGCGCGCUGAUAAUGCCGAUGAUUCAGGGGCUGGAGACAACCAUGAAAGCCGGAGCUGCUCCACAACAGCCUCCACAAUUCGUGCCUGCUCCUGCAGCGGCGGCGCAGACGCAGCCUUCCACGAAUAACAUUCAGAUGCAGUCGAGAUCAGUCACCGCCGAUGAACCAGGUGCUGACAAGACGGCGGACCAUGACAGUGGAAUCAUACCUGCUCCCAAAGAAGCAGGGGAGGUGCAGCCUUCCGCAAGUAGCACUCAGAAUGAAAUUGCCACGGAUGAGACAGUGAGUAAUGACGGGAUCAUCCCGCCUGUGGUGGUGCUACUCACUCCCAAGGGAGCGGGGCAGACACAGCCCUCCAUGAACAACGACCAGAUAGAGUCAAGAUCAGUCACCGCCAAUGAAACUGGCGCUGAUGAAAUGGUUGACAGUGAUGGUGGCAUCAUCCCGCCUCCGGCAAAACCAGCUGCUCCAGCAGCAGCGACGCAGACAGAGACCUCCAUAAAUAGCAUUGAGCUCCAUACAGUGGACGAGGGCACUAGGAUGGUCACCCCGCCAGCCGUGCAACCUGCUGCUCCAGCAGCGACGGUGGCCAAGGUGACUCUGCCAGCGGCAGCAGCUUCAGACCCCCUCGGAGAGGCGAAGAGGCGAGCACAGGAGGAGCUAAAGCAGGAGUUUGUGGCCAUCAUGGCGACAGGGACUGUGCAGGCUGGUGAUGCGGCUGCCCUUGCGAUGAGAAGGGUCAUGGAGCGGCACGGGCUGCGGCGCACCACAGUUCCCACGCAGCGAGGGUAGAACAUGUGUGCCCUUUGUAUGCUGAACCGCAUGCGCAAGAUGUAAUCAUUGGUUACAUCCAUCAUAUACAUUUAUCUGGUUAUUACUGUGCUCAGUUGUG